AUGUUUUCACAAAUAGCUCAUCGGGUUACACCGGCCCUGAUGACUUUCCAAUCCGCUCGAGCUCCAAUGGGCCGGCGUACCUUCACCUCCACACAAGCCAUAUUCAACUCAUCUCAGAAGCCAAGUGCAUAUAAGGAAGGGAUGAAUCAAUAUCGAACCUUUACUGGUCCCUUUGCCAAGGUCUUCUUGGGGGGCGUGUUCGUCUAUCAAGUUCUUUAUUGGACCUGGUUGAAGUUAGAGAUGGAUGAGAUUAAGGUGGCAAAGAAUGAGAAAGUGGCUGUGCUAGAGAAGGAGGCUCGAGAGAUAACCAGCACCCAGAAAUGA